GACGUAAAUACAGUUCAAAUAAUCUAAUUUAAAAUUGAAAAAUCUUUUUAAACAUAGAAAUUUCAGUUAGCCAAUCCAGCCAUUGUGUUUCCAUAGAGUCGUAUAGAUGACAUCUUCUCCACAGAUGUUCUCCCAAAGCCUUUCCCUCUUCGCCAUGCUGAUCUCCGUGUGCACUGGCCACAUCGGCGGUGAAGUAUCCCUGCAGAUGCCUGACGUCAGCCCUCAGGUGUACUGCGGGAAGUCGCUGGCUAACGCUAUUGCUCUGUUCUGUUAUAAUGGAAAUGAUGAUUACAAGCGUUCGGAAUCCGGCAGCGUGUAUAACUCGAUCCUGUCCCCAUACUACAAAGAGAGGGACAACCAACUCGGAUGGCCAUGGAUGACGUCACAGAGGGCCCGUAGCAUGACCCUCCCCUCCAGAGGAAAGCGCGAACACAUUGUAAACGAAUGCUGCUACAAAGCCUGCAGUAUUAACGAACUUAUGUCCUAUUGCCAGAAUUAAGAUAAACCUUCGAUCGAGUUUUCAUACCAGAAUACAAGUAAAAAGGAUUAAGUUUCGAUAUACUUUGCAGUAUUUUUUAAGAGGACGUUCGUUUUCUUUUUGUUUUAUGUUAUUGUAUUGUAAUGUUUAUAAUACGGGUUGAUUUGUGAUAUUUAAUUUAUAUUGGUUGAGAUUAUUUACUAUGUUAUUGUUGUUGGA